AUGGGGCCUGGACUGGCGGGAAAGGGCUCUCGCGCUCAAGCUCCGCUCAGGCUAUUGGCUUCGUCGCCGCGAGCCGUUGCCCGAGCGCUCCAGGACGCCCCGCCCCCGCUCAGUGACGUCACCACGCACGACGUCACCAAGGGGGAGAAAAUGGAGGCAAAGGUCAUUCAGCUCAUUGAACCAGUUUCUACUUGCCUUUCCACUCCUGUUCACUAUAUGGUUUGCGAAGCUGGAUUUGAAAUAAAGGAAAAGCAUGCAAUUAAUAAUUUUGUAUCUGACAGUGGUGAGAUAUUUUGGAGCGCAAUUACAGAACACAUACAUUAUGGAGAAUCAGGUCAAUCCUUGGAGUACAUAAAUAGUGUGAGGUCUUUAGGUCCUGUAUGUGAAUCUGUUCACUUGCAUUUUCAAUCCCUCACCAUGGAACAAUUUGAAGACCAGUUUCUGUUGUGGUUUCAGUGGACAAACUGCUCAGAGAUAUUUCUUGAAAUGCUUCGUACCGUAAAGGAUCCAGAUGUUACAGCAAUUGCCCUGAGCUUAAUGAAGCUUACAUCAUGCUUGGAGCGUGCCUUGGGUGAUGUACUCUUAUUAAUAGGCAAAGAAUGUCCUUUUCUUCUGAGAGAUUUGCUUGCAUCUCAGGAACUUGCUAAAGUCUUUGGACAGUCAGUGAUGGAUGUUCUGAGAGUGUUUAUUGGAUCUCCAGAUGGUCUAAAUCUCCGUAAUAUUUUGUGGCACGGGUUUGCAUCACCUCAAGAAAUUCCUGUGAAAUAUUUCUCUAUGCUGCUUUUUUUAACAGCAGGAUUGGGGCAAUUGUUAAAGAAUUAUCUCCUGGAAACUCAGACUUCUUUAGUUCAUCGACCUUAUGUACCCUUCAAUAUCUUGGAAGAGCUACAUAUUUUUCCAGAUCUUAAUCAAGAACUGUUGUCAUUGGCUGAAGAAUUAGUUAUGAAAUCAAAUAUUGUAUUAAAAAACAUGGUGCCCUUUUGGAUUACUGCAGUGACAUCAUUUAGACAAUCUAGGUUUGCAGACUGUGUUAUAUUGUUACUUCCUCAGUUGGAAAGUGGACUUAGAUUGCUUUUCACAAGAGUUAAUAAAUGUCCAAGCAGAUUAAUGACAGCUGAGUCAACUUCUCUAUACACUACCUUUGAUGAGAUUCUGGCAAAACAAUUGAACAAUGAAGAAAUCAAUCAGCUUCCUUUACUACUUGGUGAAUCAGCAAUGGAAUUUCUAUGGGAUUUCUUGAACCAUCAAGAAGGCCCACGUGUUAGAGAUCAUAUGAGCCAUGGAGAGAGCAAUUUAAAGAACUUUCCAAGAGAAAUAGCAAAUUCUAUUCUUGCAUUUUCUAUUACACUUUUGUACAGAUUUUCUACGGAUGAUGUUGGUGCCAUCAAGAGCAACACAUUGCUAGAACCACUCAUGAGCUGUGGAAAUUACUAUUGUUCCAAGUUUCAUCCAGCAGCCAUACUAAAAAAACAGGUAGUGAAAUGCAUAAGAAGUAUCACUGUAUGGUCUGAUCUUCCUAUAUUGCCUGAAGAGGAAGUUCAGGAAAUUGCAAGGUUGGGAAAGGAUGUUGAUUUUCCUUGUAUUUUUGUGACUGCUGAUAUUUUCUCUCAACUACAACCCUACUUACCACAGACUAUCAGAAUUUCAGGUGAUCCUGUGAACAGCUUGCUAACAGAGAAGUUACUGACUGAACUCUGCAGCAAGCAUGUCUGUGUUCUCUUCUGCCCACGGACAGUUCUGGAAAUCAUUGUAGUCCUUCAUCAAAUAACUACUCAGUCCCACCAGGUAUCAAGUCAAGUCAUUUCUACAUGUGAAACCAGAUAUAAACAGUGGGUAAAUAAGUCACUGCGAUCACGCCAGAGGAACAACUAUCUGCGUAUGAGAAGGAGUAUUAUAUUUCUGUCUCCUGUCUUGCAACUCAUUUUAAUCUUGAUUACUCUGGAGCUAAUGAGCAUCCAUACUGUUUGUGAAAAGAAUGCUUCAGAUUAUCAGCAAUAUCUAAAGUUUCUAAAGUUUAUUUUGCAGUACACUGAGAAUUUGGUGACCUACACAAAGCCGGAAAAGAAUAAAUGGGAGGAAACUGUGACCCUGACUGAAAAAGCUAUGCUGAAAAUCAAAACUUUCUUAGGGAAGCAGCUAGCGCUUGUGCAGUUAGCAAAAUAAAAAAAUAUAGUCCUCACCAAGACUUAAUAGGUUUAAGUGGAAUUGUCAUAGCUGCAUUCAAGUGUUUACUGGUGUGUGUGUGUGUAAGUAAGUAAGUAAGUAAUGGCAAAAUGUACUGUACUCUAUAUUUUCUCUGUGAGGAUGAAUAAAUAACCUUUCCCAGGUAAAGAAUAGAAUGUGUAGCAAAGACAGUGAAUGCUGUUUUUCAUUUGAUAUACAUUUUAUUUCUCAACUUUCUGAUAUUUUUUUGUAUUUUUUUAUUUAUUCUUAGUCAAGAUUUACCAAAGCGUUUGGGAGAGGACAUUUGACAACUGGGGUAGAGACACUACUUAAAAUCUCCAGGCAGUAAAUUCUUCUCAUGGUCCAGUAUAGAUUUUCACAACCUGAUACAGUCGAACCUUCUUAUACACGUAUUUUUUUACAUGGAUUCAAGCAUCCACGGUUUGAAAAUGUUAAAAAAAAGUAUAAAUUUCAAAUAUCAAACCUUGAUUUUCCUUUUUUUUUUUUAAUAAGGGACACCAUUUUGCUAUGUCAUUAUAUUUAAUAGGACUUGAGCAUCCACAGAUUUUGUUAUACAUGGGGAAUCUUGGAACCAAACCCCAGCGUAUAACAAAGGUCAACUGUAUUAAAAUUCUUUAUAUGGAAGUACAUUCCUCUGAUUCCAGGUGGAUUUAAUUCCUAAUCAGCAGAGCUGGAAAAAUUACUCCUCUGCUCUACCAGAAUCUUUCCAGAAUCCCUACUGGCCAUGUGGGCUGGAUGUUUCUGGGCCCACUUUUUAAGUAACUUUUUAAGCUCUGAUAGUAAGUGAAUAUGGAACUGAUAAACAUGUUGCCCAAUGGUAGGUUUAGUUUUUUCCCUCCUAAAUAAUUGUCUCUCCUUCCCUCUUUGCUAAAUUUAAUAAAUGAAUAAAAACAACCAACAGAUUUUGUGUUAAAAGUUUAGAAUUAAUUGGCAGGUUAGUUCAUAAUCAGCCAAAGGAAAGCUGAACUCUUCCAGGACAUUAAUUGACAACUAACGCAACAAAUUCUGUUUUUGGUUUGUUUGUUUUUUAAAUUGAGCUAUCCAAAUUUAUAAGCUGCAGUUCAAAAAAUAAACAGAAGGGGGGCAAUGUUCCAUAACAUAUAAAUACUUUAUGCUUGGUUCUUUACUAGUAUAGUGGUGAACCCUUUACCAUUACAUUCUUGCAAUUUGAUAUCCUUUCAGGCUGGAGGCUCUUGUUUAGUUUUAAUUUUAAAAUGGAAUGUAGCAGUACUGAAAGUAUAUGAAAUUAUUCUUCCGUAUUUUUUGGCCUAUAUUCUCAGCAGUUUAUCCUUCCCUCUCCAAUUUGAGAAAUUAUGUGCUAUUGCAGAAAGAAAGCAGAUAAAUUCACCUGUUUGAUGUUGAAACUACAGUGAAGAAUCUUUUCCAAGCAAAUUCCAUGAUGGUAAAUAACAAAUCAAGGAUGACUGAUGUACUGAAUUUUACUUAGAGAUGUCAGAAGUGCAUUACUUUCUCUUCUGCUAACAUUAAUGACACAUUAGUUGGGAAUAUGAGAGAGGGCCUUAUUGAUGGCUGCUUCCAGGCCCAGGCAAGCUUCUUCUCUUCUUGCCAGCAGGGAAAGACUUUUUUUAUUUGGAUAGGAUGUGGGCUUUUCAGCUGACUUCGUUUUGAAGUAGAUUUUAGCUGUUUGAUGCUAAAAUCGAUAUACUUUUAAAUUAUUAUAUUAAUGCUUUAUUAAUAAAUUUGUAUUUUGUUUUAACUACUUUAAGCAUUGUUUUACUGAAAAGGCCUUAUGAAAGGUUAAUAAGUAAAGUUGUCAACUUUGUUUGUUUUUUAAAAUAAUUAAUAUAAGCUUGAGAGCCUAUUGGCAUUUGUACCUGCAUUUUAUUGAACCUUCCCUACAUGGUGAAUUCCAAAUGUGUUGGACUGCAACUCCUGUCAUCUCUCCCAGUAUGGUUAUUGGCUUCCAGCUUUGGAUGGAAGAUCUGUAGGGCUUAGAGUUGCAUAUAUUAUUCCCAUAACAGAAGAAUAUGAAGCAGCCUCUUUUCUCUAAUUGAUGUACCAUAGCUAAAAGUAAAAACCUAAUCUUAUUAUUAUUUCUAGACCUGGUAAGAGUCCUCCUUAGGUUUCAGAUCUGCCCAGUAACAUGGACAAAUAGCCUUUUGUUCAUCAGUAUGAAACCAUCAGAACAGACAUUUCUGCCCUCUUCAUUUUGAUCCCCCCCCCCCAUUUGUCCAAAUAAUAUUUUCAUACAAAGCAUUGAUUUUACUAUCCUGACUAUUUCCCAUAAUAAAUGAAUUGAAGAUUGGCUGACUUUCCUGUUCCCUGAAUUUUUUUAGCAGUAGUCUUUGGAGUUAUUAUUUAAUAAGAUCACAGUACUGUCUAGGAGCUAGUCUAGUAUAAUAUUUUGAGCACUGGACUAUAGAUCUGAAGACAAGUUUAAUCCUUGCUGGAUGCCC